GUUUGGGCGCGGGUUCACCUUGACGGGAACACCGGGACGGCGGCAGGUGAACGGCACCUGCCCGCGCCCCCCGGCCGGGACACCCCCGGGACACCCCCGGGACACCCCGGGCGUGGGAGCAGCAGGAUGGCCGACAGCCACGGCUGGUGGAAGCUGACGUUCCUGAGGAAGCGCCAGGCAGCGCCCACGGUGCUCUACGAGACCCCCGACGGCCCCACGGCCCCCGGGGGGGACCCCCAGGAGGGCACCGGCCCCGAGGGACCCCCCGGCUUCACCGCCCGCCUGGAGAAGCUCGUGGACAAGAGCACCAAGGGGAAGCACGUCAAGGUCUCCCACUCGGGGCGCUUCAAGGAGAAGAAGAAAGUCAGGGCGACGCUGGCAGAGCACCCGAACCUCUGCGGGGCCGCCGAGAGGGAGGAGAAGUGACCCGGCGGGAUGUCACCCUCCGGCCACCCCGGGAAUGCCGAUCCACGCGGCCCCGGGAGGAGAGAGGACUCGGGAUGGGGUUUAUCCCAGGGAUAAUCACGGACCCGGGAUGGUUGAGCCCGUCCCUCCCACCGCCCCUCCCCAGGUUGACUGGUUCAUACUGGGAUGAGGACACUCCCCCCGAGCCCAGAGCCCACCCAGCUCUGCCCCCAUCCCGUUCCCGAUCCCGAGCUCCCAGUCCCACGCCGUGUCCUUGCCAAGUCAGCCCCAAAACUCGGGAUGUGACACUUCCCUGCCCCGCUGGGCCAAUCCCCCCGGAGCUGCCUCCACGGGGGGCUCCCGGGAGGAGCAACAUUCCUCAGGGAAUCGCUCCCCGCUGCUGGAAGGGGGGAGCCGACCCCGGGGGGCUCCUGCUGGUUGCUGGGGGUGUUGGAAGCUCUGGCACCUGCUGCUAAUUAACUGCUGUUAAUAAACCAGGGAGAGCUCAGCACA